ACAGCUACUCCCGGCCAUGCCUGAACCCACCAAGUCGGCUCCGGCCCCGAAGAAGGGCUCCAAGAAGGCGGUGACCAAGGCGCAGAAGAAGGACGGCAAGAAGCGCAAGCGCAGCCGCAAGGAGAGCUACUCGGUGUACGUGUACAAGGUGCUGAAGCAGGUGCACCCCGACACCGGCAUCUCGUCCAAGGCCAUGGGCAUCAUGAACUCGUUCGUCAACGACAUCUUCGAGCGCAUCGCGGGCGAGGCGUCCCGCCUGGCGCAUUACAACAAGCGCUCGACCAUCACGUCCCGGGAGAUCCAGACGGCCGUGCGCCUGCUGCUGCCCGGGGAGCUGGCCAAGCACGCCGUGUCCGAGGGCACCAAGGCCGUCACCAAGUACACCAGCGCCAAGUGAGCCCGCCGGCAGCAGAGCAAUCGAGGCUCACCCUUUCUGGCAUCACCAAAUCAGCCUCUUCGGGGGUUUCAAGAGUAAAGCAGAUGUGUGGUAUUAAAAAACAAAACUAAUUAACAAAAAGCACAAGGACGUUUUUUUCCAGACUUGAAUAAGGAUAAAAAGUUCCUAUCAACUCCUACAGAGUUGAACAUACAUGUAAGUGUUCCUAGGGGUCAAUGAAUAGGAUUGCUUCAGCUGAA